GUAGAAAUACAGCUGCAGCCCCAGCCGCCGCCCACUGCAUUCGACCCGGUUGGGACUUGACUGUCGGGUUUGGAUUUGAUCGCCUGGAUCCAGCAGACCCCCACCUGCCCGCGCCCAGUGCCAAUGGCUGACGGUCUCUUUCAGCGCAAACCCUGGGGCACCGAACAGAUGCCCACCGACUCCGACCCUGAGUCCGAAGGCCUGUUUGAUAAGCCUCCCCCAGAAGAUCUUCCAGCUGCCCGCGCGCCCAAGUCGGCGUCCGCUGCGGGCAAGAAGUCUGGUCGGCGUGCGGGCGGGAAGGCGCAGGGGAUCCGCGCCGGGCAGCCCCCCAAGGCCGCCGCUCGUCCCCAGCUCAAGGAAGAGGCGCCUCCACUGGACGAGGGCUGCUAUCUCGAUCAUUUCCCGCACCUCUCCAUCUUUAUUUACGCGGCUAUCGCUUUCUCCAUCACCUCCUGCAUCUUCACCUAUAUCCAUUUACAGCUUGCCUAAGUCGAUAGGGCGGGAAGGGGUGGGCGCAGAGGGGAGGGGGGAGGGAAAGGGAAAGAAGGGCGCAGCAAUUUGUUGUGGAGACUAGCUGCACCCCCUUCAUCUAGCUUUCGAUGCUUGUUUCUUUUCAUCUCUGUUGUCGCUCUCUUUGUUUAACUGUCCAUCAGGAGGAGGAAGGUCCAAAGUAGCCAUUGGCAAUGAAAUAACGGUGCAAUAGCACCCGCAGACAGGGGGCGGGGGCACAGCCCGCUCCUAAUGUUUAGAAUGCUGGGGUGCAAUUGAACCCCGUUUAUAGUUAGGAUAAAGUCGCUGUAACCUACCACUUUGUGAUGUGGGGGCUUGCGCAGCGAGCCCAGCAUUUUGUGCUUGGUGAGCCCAACCUUCUGUUCUUCAAGGGAUGAGCCAGAUCUGGGCCCACGGCCUUCCAGAGAGGGUCCCAUGGGAAGGAUUGGCGCCCUGGCCCAGAUUGGGCCGGAGCCCUGUGAUGCUGCAUGGCCCCCAGGAGCCAGCUGUGCCUCAGAGCUGGCGCAGUCAGUACUCAGAGCUCGGGGAGCUGGCGGACCUGGCGGACCUGGGUGAGCAGCGGGCACCGCUGGAACCCUGGACAAGGCUUUGUUGUCGCUGCCAGGCGGAGCCAAGACCUGUAGCCAGAGGAGGGUCGUUCCAGAAAGCUACGCUCAGGACGUAUCCGGAACUGCGUGGGAUCUGCAGCUGCACACUUCCCAGGACGCAGGCCGAUUUCGCUGGGUCCACUGUAUGAGACUGGAGGCCCUAACUGGGGUUCACGGGAAAUCUCUACUUGGAGACUCUGGGGUGGCUUCACUCUAUUCAGUAGCCCUUCACAAACUAUGAGACCCAAGAUGAAGGGGCUGGGGGAUGUAUCCAUUGAAGAAAUCCUGCAGAGGGUUUGUCAUCUCCGACCCCAAAUUCUAAUACCAGAACCCACCGUGGCAGGUUAUUAACCCACUUGCUUUCUUUGUUUGCUCAUGAAUGUCAAAUGUCCAAAUACAGCACUAUAACACUGCAUAUUCUUUACGGAAAUAUCUGUAAUCGUGGCACCUCUGAUGGAAUAAAUCUUUUUCAGUCUCCUCUGUA